UUCAUCACGCUCGGUGUAGCGGACUGUUUUGAGCCAGGAAAAAUUGGCACAGAGCACUAGCACAGCCUGCUAACGUAUACUUGUGUUAACAGGUUAGCAAUUAGUCGCCUUUUGAGUGAGUUUAGCGGUAAGGAGAGGGACUUCUUAUCUUAGUGACCAACAUCUGGGUAUGUAGUCGGUCAGUGAAGGUGUAUGAAUGUGGCUUUUGGUGCAGGCUGGGACGGCAGCUACAGGGAUUAGCUGUACGGGGAGCUCCUGCUAGCAGUGCAAUGCUGACAUACCUUCAGACGGCUUGCUAAUUAUCUCACAAACGGGGAUUUUGGUGUGACUUCAGUCUGAAAAAUCGUCACCAUUCAUCCGCGAACUGUAUUCCAAAGCCGAGACCGGUUUAAAUAGUCCGAUAGUUGAAGCGCUUGAGUUAGCUGGCUAGCUGGGUCGCUUGCAAGUACAAGGUUAGCUGCUUAAAACGAGCCACCUGGACCGGAGAACGAUCGAGAGAGGGCUAUGUCUUCAGCAGCCACCACAGCCCCGUCGGUGGACAAGGUGGACGGCUUCUCCAGGAAGUCUGUCAGGAAAGCCAGGCAGAAGCGAGCGCAGAGCUCGUCCCAGUUCAGAUCUCAGGACAAGCCCAUAGAGCUGGUGCAACUGCCUCUGCUUAAAGAUGUUUCUGCGCAGGAGCAACCAGAGCUAUUCCUCAAGAAGCUGCAGCAGUGCUGUACUCUGUUUGACUUCAUGGACACACUGUCUGACCUCAAAAUGAAAGAGUAUAAGCGGUCCACCCUCAAUGAGCUGGUGGACUACGUCACCCUCAGCCGGGGCUACUUGACUGAGCAGACCUACCCAGAGGUGGUCAAAAUGGUGUCCUGCAAUAUUUUUCGGACUCUUCCGCCCAGUGACAGUAAUGAAUUUGAUCCAGAGGAAGACGAGCCCACGCUGGAGGCCUCGUGGCCACACUUACAGCUCGUUUAUGAGUUCUUCAUUCGCUUCUUGGAAAGUCAGGAAUUUCAGCCCAGCGUUGCCAAAAAAUACAUCGACCAGAAAUUUGUAUUACAGCUCUUGGAGCUGUUUGAUAGUGAGGACCCACGGGAGAGGGACUGCCUGAAGACGGUUCUGCAUAGAAUCUACGGCAAGUUCCUUGGCCUCAGGGCCUUCAUCCGCAAACAGAUCAACAACAUUUUUCUUUGUUUUGUAUUUGAGACAGAGCGCUUCAAUGGCGUAGCUGAACUGCUGGAAAUUUUGGGAAGCAUCAUCAAUGGUUUUGCGCUUCCUCUCAAAGCUGAGCACAAACAGUUCCUGGUGAAAGUGCUACUGCCUCUGCACACAGUGAGGAGCUUGUCUCUCUUCCAUGCCCAGCUGGCCUAUUGUAUUGUACAGUUCCUAGAGAAAGAUCCCACGUUAACAGAACCUGUGAUCAGGGGCUUGUUGAAGUUUUGGCCAAAAACAUGCAGUCAAAAAGAGGUUAUGUUUCUUGGCGAGUUGGAGGAGAUUCUGGAUGUGAUUGAGCCCACUCAGUUUGUUAAGAUCCAAGAGCCACUCUUUAAACAGAUUGCUAGAUGUGUUUCCAGCCCCCAUUUUCAGGUGGCAGAACGAGCCUUGUACUACUGGAACAAUGAGUAUAUCAUGAGUCUGAUUGAGGAGAACUCUAGUGUCAUCCUGCCUAUCAUGUUUGCCAGUCUCUACAGGAUCUCCAAAGAGCACUGGAACCCGGCGAUAUCAGCUUUGAUCUACAAUGUGCUCAAAGCAUUCAUGGAGAUGAACAGCGCCUUGUUUGACGAACUCGCCGCCAAUUACAAAUCAGACAGGCAAAGGGAACGAAAGAAGGACAAGGAGCGAGAGGACCUAUGGAGGAAGCUGGAGGAGCUGGAGCUCAGACGGGGCAUCCAGAACAGCGAUGGCGUCAUUCCCACCUAACACGCACCUUGUCUCCACCCCUUCUAUGUGGCCCCAACCAAUCCCUUUCUACUCUGCCACAGGGACCCCCGUCCCCCUAUUUGCUUCUCAUGCUGCGUACUUUACCGCACACUCCCUCGUUCAUUUCCUCCCUUUCAACAGCACUGUAAAUAAUCCUCUCCCUCUUUCCUGUAUCAUACUACUACACUGAAAGGAAGAAGAAAAAACAGAAAAUUUGAAGAGACUUAAUGUGCACUCCUCGGUGUGUAAAGAAAAAAAAAAAAAGGUAAAA